AUGGAUGCCUCUAGCCUCCAGACCAAAUUGGAACCUCUCCUGGAACACCUCCGCCCGAUUAUCGCACUGGUCCCUGAACCCAUCCACGAUGCUAUCAUCUCGCUGAUCGGCGCAGAGUGCCACCGCACACUUCUCCUCGAUCUCGAUCUCUUCAACAACCCGGCCUGCACAUCCCUCGCCAUUUCCAAGGCACUCGGUCUGGCAAUCGUCGGUGCCAGCGCUGUGGUCAAGCUUCCCCAGAUCCUGAAGCUUAUUAACUCGCGCUCCUCCGCCGGUGUCUCCUUUGUCUCGUACGCCCUAGAAACCGCCAGUCUACUCAUCACCCUCUCCUACGGUGUGCGUAACCAGUUCCCCUUCACCACAUACGGCGAGUCGGCUCUCAUCGCCAUUCAGGAUGUCGCUGUUGGUGUCCUGGUCCUGACUUUCGCCGGCCGAUCGGCCGCUGCCGCUGCCUUUGUCGCUGUUGUCGCGGCUAGUGUUUACGCGCUGCUUUUCGAUCAGACUAUUGUUGAUGCGCAGACUAUGUCGUACCUGCAGGCUGGUGCGGGUGCUUUAAGUGUCGCCAGUAAGGCGCCUCAGAUUUAUACUAUCUGGCGUGAGGGUGGAACUGGACAGCUGAGCGCGUUCGCGAUCUUCAAUUAUCUCGUCGGUUCCCUAUCCCGCAUCUUCACCACUCUUCAAGAAGUCGACGACAAGUUGAUUCUCUACGGAUUCAUCUCGGGCUUCGCUCUCAACGUGAUCCUCGCUGCCCAGAUGGUCUACUACUGGGACAGCCCAGCGCCCAAGCAAAAGGCAUCACGCAAGUCCGCAGAGAAGCCCAUCUCAGGCCACAGCACCGCAGUGCCCAAGCCGAACUCGAAGUCACCCACAACCCGACGACGAGGCUAG